AUGGCUUCUACAUCGACGAAGGCAGCUGCCACAAAAUCAAUUCUGAACCCGGUAAUGACUUUGAAGAGUCAUGAACAGGACUUCCGCAUUAGAUCCAUAUCCUACUUUCCUGACGGCCAGCGAAUGGUCAGCACAUGUAGUGAUCAGACCGUUCGGCAAUGGGAUCUGAAGGCGGGUAAGGAGAUUGAGGAAGCCAGGCGUGUUUGCGAGAAGAACGAAUAUGCAGUGGCGGUAUCAAGGAAUGGUCGAUGGUUUGUUACGGCUGGUGGAGAUGAUAAAACCGUGGAGCUGAAAGCCUGUGAAGUUGAGACCGGGAUUGUAAAAGAAUUCGAAGGCCACUCAGCGCAGAUCAGCUGCAUUGAUAUAUCCGCGGACAGCACGUUGCUGGCGAGUGGGUCAGAUGAUAAAACAACGCGGAUAUGGAACAUGGAGACCGGCAAACUCGUGGCCGGUCCAUUCGAGAGUGUUAAUGAGGUGGGCGCAGUUGGAUUCUCGAGGGAUUCGAAGAAGUUCGCAGCAAACUCAUAUACCGCGACGUACCUUGAGGUCUGGGAUAUCCAAAAACAGAAAUUGGAUGCGAGCACUGAAUGCAACGGGAAACGAGCUGGAGCAAUCACGUAUGCGCCAAUUGUCUGGACAAAUAAAAACAAAACCAUCUUGGCCGCAUUCUCCGAACCCAAAGAUUUCGAAACCAAGACAAUUUUCGAGUUUGACGCAUCAACGUUGGAGACUGUCGGAACUCCCUUCCAACACACUGACCUUGUCACUGAUCUAGCACUUUCAUCCGACAACACUCUCCUCGCCAGCUCUUCUUGGGAUCACACCAUCAAUCUCUGGGCCUUCGAGUCCCGCGAGCUCCUCGCUUCCUUCGACGUUCAAAAUCCUGGCGCCCUUGUCCUCUCACCCGACUCGCGCCAACUAGCUUACAGCAGUCACGAUAACUCGUACUUGGAGAAUGACGAUGAGCCUAAUGUACAAGUAUACAUAUGCGAUAUUCCACCCGAUGUGCUUGCUCAGGCCCGUACCAGCGCGCGCAAAAAGUCAACCCUCAAUGAUCAUCUAAAUUCUGACGCAACCCGUCGUGCUCCUUCAGUGCGCCGUAGACCACCGAUACCCGUCACACCUAUGGUGCAGAGGCUUCCGCCUACAAUGAACCCCCAACAACCUAUUUCCCUUCGCCUCCGCCAACUUUUUCGCUUCUCUCCUCGCAAGAAUGCAGCUGUCCAACUUCAUAACCCUCUAGAUGUCCCUGCUACAUUACCCCUACCAUCCUCUCUGGGACAGGCCGCAACUCGGUUUGAACAUUUCGAAAUAAGUUCUCCACCUCCCCAGAACCGUCCAGUCACGCAAUCACUGCGACAGCACCUUCCUUUCCUCGUGCCAAGACACAGCCAUGUGCCACCAGUCGUUGAAGUCGCACCAGGGCGGAAGUUCACUCGGCUGGCUGCUGCCAAUCUACCAGAAUACAGAAAAGUAGAUGACACCCGACAUCCACCUCAGGCUGGAGUGCCGCAGGAUAUCGACUCAUCUGACAACGAUUCACUCCCAGACGUGCACUGGUGCAAGGCGUUCCUGUGCUACUAUUCGUGCUGGUCUCAUGGCAGGCUGAGGAUGCCUCCUCGAUGGCGCUUGGAGCGCGUUCACAUACCUCGCCAGGACGGCACGACAAAUGGCAGCGGUAGUGGUACUCGUGGUAGCGGUUAA